CUCAAGACAGAGAUCAGAGUCUCCUGUACCCAGCUGUCUGUCCAUGAGGACUGACCGGUCUAAAGAUGAACCUGGAAACUUCAGAAAUGACCCUGGACCCUCAGACUCAAGACAGAGAUCAGAGUCUCCUGUACCCAGCUGUCUGUCCAUGAGGACUGACCGGUCUAAAGAUGAACCUGGAAACUUCAGAAAUGACCCUGGACCCUCAGACUCAAGACAGAGAUCAGAGUCUCCUGUACCCAGCUGUCUGUCCAUGAGGACUGACCGGUCUAAAGAUGAACCUGGAAACUUCAGAAAUGACCCUGGACCCUCAGACUCAAGACAGAGAUCAGAGUCUCCUGUACCCAGCUGUCUGUCCAUGAGGACUGACCGGUCUAAAGAUGAACCUGGAAACUUCAGAAAUGACCCUGGACCCUCAGACUCAAGACAGAGAUCAGAGUCUCCUGUACCCAGCUGUCUGUCCAUGAGGACUGACCGGUCUAAAGAUGAACCUGGAAACUUCAGAAAUGACCCUGGACCCUCAGACUCAAGACAGAGAUCAGAGUCUCCUGUACCCAGCUGUCUGUCCAUGAGGACUGACCGGUCUAAAGAUGAACCUGGAAACUUCAGAAAUGACCCUGGACCCUCAGACUCAAGACAGAGAUCAGAGUCUCCUGUACCCAGCUGUCUGUCCAUGAGGACUGACCGGUCCAUGGACCCUCUGAUAAACUUCAGAAAUGACCCUGGACCCUCAGACUCAAGACAGAGAUCAGAGUCUCCUGUACUCAGCUGUCUGUCCAUGAGGACUGACCGGUCUAAAGAUGAACCUGGAAACUUCAGAAAUGACCCUGGACCCUCAGACUCAAGGUGGAAGAUGGAGAGUCAGCAGAAAUCCAGCUGUGCCGUGUGUGGGAAAGUCCUGAAGGAUCUGGUCUCUACCAGCUGUGGACUCUGGGUUGAUUCACCAGGCCAGUCCUCCUGUCCACAGUGUGGUGAAGGACCACAGACCACCAGUCAGACCAGCACUGAACAAAUGAAAGUAGGUCUCCAUCCACUUCUCAGGGAGCUAAAGAUCAGUCUGAGGGAGAGAUGUGAACAUGUGACUGAAGGAACUGAUGAAACAGGAAGUAGAACCCUCCUGAACAGGAUCUACACUGAGCUCUACAUCACAGAGGGACAGAAUAAAGAGGUGAACAGCCAACAUGAGGUGAGACAGGUUGAGACAGCUCUUAAGAAGAAGACCUUCCAUGAGACUCCAAUCAGGUGUCAGGACAUCUUUAAAGCCUUACCUGGCCAACAGACACCCAUCAGAGUGGUUCUGACCAGCGGUGUGGCUGGUGUUGGAAAAACCUUCUCUGUGCAGAAGUUCACUCUGGACUGGGCAGAGGGCUCAGAAAACCAAGAUGUCAGUCUGCUGGUUCUGCUUUCAUUCAGGGAGCUGAACUUGAUCAGAGAUAAGCGCCACAGUCUUCUGGAGCUGCUCCGUGUUUUCCAUCCAACAUUACAGAAGGUCAGAGCCCAGACGCUGGCUGUCUGUAAACUUUUGUUCAUCUUUGAUGGCCUGGAUGAAAGCAGACUGUUGUUGGAUUUCAGCAUCAGUGAGGCUGUGUCUGAUGUGUCAGAGAAGUCCUCGUUAAACGUGCUGCUGACAAACCUCAUCAAGGGGAAUCUGCUUCCCUCAGCUCUCAUCUGGAUAACGUCUCGACCUGCAGCAGCCAAUCAGAUCCCUGCUUCAUGUGUGGACAGGCUAACAGAGGUCCGAGGCUUCACUGACGCCCAGAAGGAGGACUACUUCAGGAGGAGGUUCAGUGAUGAAGAUCUGUCCAGCAGAAUCAUCUCCCACAUCAAGACAUCCAGGAGCCUCUACAUCAUGUGUCUGAUCCCAGUCUUCUGCUGGAUCACUGCUACAGUUCUGGAGCACAUGAUGAGCACGGAGCAGAGAGGAGAGCUGCCCAAGACCCUAACAGACAUGUACUCACACUUCCUGUUGGUUCAGACCAAGAAGAAGAAGAACAAGUAUGAUGAGGGACCUCAGAUGAGUCCUGAGGAACUCACCAGAUCUGACAGGAAAGUUAUUCUGAAGCUGGGGAGGCUGGCAUUUGAACAUCUGGAGAACGGAAACAUCAUGUUCUACCAAGAAGACCUGGAGCGCUGUGGUCUGGAUGUCACAGAGGCCUCUGUGUACUCAGGAGUUUGUACUGAGAUCCUUAAAAGAGAGCAUGUGAUCUUCCAGAAAACAGUCUACUGCUUUGUUCAUCUGAGCGUUCAGGAGUUUCUGGCUGCAGUCUACAUGCUCCACUGUUUCACCAACAAGAUGACAACAGUCCUGGGCACCUUCCUAAAAGAGGGAGACAACGGCAAAGACCAGCAGAACUCAUCUCUGGAUGACUUCCUAAAGAAAGCCAUGGAGAAAUCCCUGAAAAGUCCAAAUGGACACCUGGACCUGUUUGUUCGCUUCCUUCACGGCCUCUCUCUGCAGUCCAACCAGAGACUCUUAGGAGGUCUGCUGGGUCAGACAGACAACAGUCCAGAAAUGAUCCAGAGAGUCAUCCAGAACCUGAAGAAGAUGAACUGUGAUGAAAGUGGUGAAAACGAUGAUGUGCUCUUUCUCUGUUCUAGCCGAGGUAAUCGUGCUGAUGUCUCUCCUGACAGAAGCGUCAACAUCUUCCACUGUCUGAUGGAGAUGAACGACCUAACAGUCCAUCAGGAGAUCCAAGACUUCCUGACAUCAGGAAACAAGUCAGCAAAAAAACUGUCUGAGAUCCAGUGCUCUGCUCUGGCCUUCAUGCUGCAGAUGUCAGAGGAGGUUCUGGAUGAGUUCGACCCAAAGAAGUACACCACAUUAGAUGAGGGACGGCAGAGGCUGAUUCCAGUUGUGAGGAACUGCAGAAAGGCUCGUAAGUCAACAUGGGAUUAA